UUUCGGAUUAGUGUUUAAUCUGAAGGAGCUGGGAGGGACGGUGCGAUUGCGAGUUAGCUGUCGCUAGCCAUAUGGUUAGCUGGAGUGGGAGGGUAGUGCAGAGAGUGUCGUUUAUAGACACAGGACAUAUAUCCCAGUGCGGCUGGGAAUUUAACAUUAACCGGGCUGUCUGGCUAACUAGCGGACUGACAUUCUCACUGUAAAAAGUGGAAAAUCGGAUUAACAUUCACGACCGCGUACCAAGACUAAUCGUUGCUCUGAAGUGCUGUCAAAAAAAUCCGGAGGUGGAUGAAAACGUCGCCGGCUACUCGCAAAUCCACGACAUCUGUGAAAGAGCAGGACGUGCCCUGCUUGUAGUAGUUUACAGUGUUGAGCACUAGCGUGUUGGGUAACGUUACUUCACAAUAAAAAAGCCAAAGCUUCUUGACGUUAAUUAGAUUUUGUUGAUAUUCUGAUGCCCUUCCAUCUGCAUGAGGAACUUUGUUUAUUUUUUUUUACUGAACUGGUCGUUUUUUCCUCAUUUUGGGGCGAUAUCGGGUUGACCGUUUGACUGUUUCUUUACAAACGGAGCAGCUGGCUACUUUGCGGGCUGUAAAACGGCGACCGGCGACCACUUUUUCCUCGCUUGGACCUCAUAUCGGCAACACGGAGAAUAGAUUGGUAAUUUUCUAGCUAAUACAAAUCCUCCUGGCACUUCUACAGCUGGUCAAACGAAGAUGUCGACCAAAGAACCGAAAGAAAAACAAUCAACCACUGAACGUAUCAUUAAAACCGUGCCUCUGCCCCCUCACCAGCGCCUGACCGCGAGGGAGCUGUUCACGGGCGGCAAGCCCAACGUGGAGCUGCUGAAGAGCCAUCUGGUGAAGGAGGGCCGUGUGGAGGAGGACGCCGCCCUGCACAUCAUCAACGAGGGCGCUGACAUCCUGCGGCAGGAGAAGUGCAUGCUGGAGGUGGAGGCGCCCAUCACAGUAUGCGGUGACGUCCACGGGCAGUUCUUCGACCUCAUGAAGCUCUUCGAGGUGGGGGGCUCGCCCGACACCACGCGCUACUUGUUCCUGGGGGACUAUGUGGACAGAGGCUACUUCAGUAUCGAGUGUGUGCUGUUCCUUUGGGCGCUGAAGAUCAACCACCCCACCACACUCUUCCUCCUCCGAGGGAACCACGAGUGCCGGCACCUCACGGAGUACUUCACCUUCAAGCAAGAAUGUAAGAUCAAAUACUCGGAGCGGGUCUACGACGCGUGCAUGGAAGCUUUCGACUGCCUGCCCCUCGCUGCCCUGCUCAACCAGCAGUUCCUGUGUGUGCACGGAGGUCUCUCGCCCGAAAUCAGCUGCUUAGACGACAUCCGCAAGUUAGACAGGUUUAAGGAGCCUCCAGCUUUCGGGCCAAUGUGUGACCUGAUCUGGGCAGACCCUGGCGAGGACUACGGGAGCGAGAAAACUUCAGAACACUUCAACCACAACUCCGUGCGGGGCUGCUCCUACUUCUUCAGUUACCCUGCAGUAUGCGACUUCUUGACAAACAACAACCUUCUGUCCGUGAUAAGAGCCCACGAAGCUCAGGACGCAGGGUACAGGAUGUACAGGAAAAGCCAGACGACGGGCUUCCCCUCGCUAAUCACCAUCUUCUCAGCUCCCAAUUACCUAGACGUGUACAACAACAAAGCCGCCGUACUGAAGUACGAGAACAACGUCAUGAACAUCCGGCAGUUCAACUGCUCGCCCCACCCGUACUGGCUGCCCAACUUCAUGGACGUCUUCACCUGGUCGCUACCCUUCGUGGGAGAAAAAGUGACUGAGAUGCUGGUUAACGUCCUCAACAUCUGCUCUGAUGACGAGCUCAUGUCCGAGGGAGAUGACUUGUGUGAAGGUGGAGCACCAGCAGCACGUAAGGAGGUGAUCAGGAAUAAGAUCCGCGCCAUUGGGAAGAUGGCUCGGGUCUUCUCCGUGCUCAGGGAGGAGAGUGAGAGUGUUUUGACUCUUAAGGGCCUGACCCCAACUGGGACGCUACCUCUGGGAGUGUUGUCCGGAGGUAAACAGACCCUGCAGAAUGCCGCGCUGCUAGCGAAGGAGGGCAAAGCCAUCCAAGGCUUCUCGCCCACGCGGAGGAUCCGGAAUUUCGAGGAGGCACGGGGCCUGGACCGGAUAAACGAGAGGAUGCCGCCGCGCCGGGACGGCCAGACCGGCGUGCUGGGCAGCGGGAAGAACGGCACCGACCGCAAGGUGUGAGGGGGAGGGGCUCCGCUCCCGACCCCGCCCCCCUCGCAGUGUUCUCUCUCUCACACACACACACACACACACACACACACACACCCCAUUGCUGUGCGCUGCAGUGAUGGGGGCCCCACCCAUGCAGAGACUGACUGUGCUAGAGAGAAACCACAACUCAGCACAUCAUCCACCAGAUAUUUUAUUUAUUAAAAUGAAAUGUAUUAGAUGUAUGUGCUAGCGAUGUUUUUGAAACAUGAACGUUUAAAGAAUCAUUUAAGAACCACCUCCCCCCAAAAAAGCACUCAGAGUGUGUGUGUCAAGUAUCGAACCACAAUUGUAGGAUUUUAUUAUUGCUUUUAUAAACAUUGUUUUAAGUAUGAAGGCAAAUCCGUAGUCUAAUGACGGGAAGGUUUUGUGGCGUUUUUGUGGCGAAUUUUCUAAAGUCUUACGGUGCUUGUCGAGGGAGCAUUCCCACCUAGUGAUGUGCGAUCCGUCCUGCUUGCUUGCAAACCCUUUAAUGACUGCAGCCUAAAGGGAAUUAAUUUAUGGGACGCCAUUAAAAAGGAAUCCGUGGAUUCGAAGCUACGACGAAUACAUAAAUAUUAUUUGUGUACUAUCGUUUUCUGUUGAGUUACAACGAAAGAAUGAAUGUUCGCCACACCUGCUGGGGUUCAGACAGCGUGACCUGUCGUGGAAAACAGCAACCGUAGAAGUGGCACCUAUAGGUUGUGUUAGAUUAUGACUGUAGAAACGUACCUCAGGUUUUAUGCAUCCAGUCAUGAACUGACAGGAACCUCUUGCCAAGAGUUACGACAACUUUGUGCGCAUUUUGCAGCAAAGACCGCAAGUAUUAGUUCUGCUUCAUAACCGCCAUCCGUGAAGAGGUUUUGUCUUGAGACACUACACCCGAGAUUAGCUGGUUGUUCCCAGUAUUGUAAUCUGUAACAGUGUAAACGUGUACAUCUGCUUGGGAAAACGACGACCCAACGUGGCUCAAAAACCAAAGUUUGGUGGGAAAACGUGACUAGGUUUGCACUAGGACCAGCUGGGCUCCGACAGCUUUAGGUGCAUCUUCAGCCCAGCCCAAGGGCUGUUGCUCUAAUGUGUAUAUAUAUAUAUUUUUUUUUGGGGGGGGGGGGGGGGACGACCACAAUGAUGGACUGUAACAAAUGUUGAAAUGGGAGGGAGGUGGUCCCGUUAGUGUCCUAUAAGCUGAGGCGUUUUUUUUCUUCUUCCUGUACAAGGACUGGGAGCUGUGAAGUUCUGCAGUUUAUCAUUCGCGGCGCACCACGUGCUCGGAAAUGUUAACACAGAGUUAACAAAGCAAGUUGUAAUCGACUCUAAGUGAUUUUGCCCUUCGGGUCUGUAACACUACGUGUAUUUGUGUUUGUCGGCGCUUGUGUAACGAGUAAAGGUGGGGUUGGAGCGCCCUCUGCUGGUGAGCGGAGCAAUCUGGCUCGCUAUGCACUUGCUUUAGACUACAGAGGGAAAGAAGCGUUAAGAUUUGAUAUGGUUUGGAUAAUUGUGACCAGUACUGUUGAGAAGUUAUCUGUUGUUAAGACUAAUGUAAAAGAGCACUGUUAAUGUGGUUGAUGUUGAUCAUGAUGAGGAAGAUGCAGGAUUGGAGCACAUGGAUGUUGACGGACUGGGCUCAGUAUGAUGUGUAAGACGGUGUUACUCGGACGCUGGCCUGGGCAACCAUGAGCAAUGUACAGCUGAAGGGCUUCCCUGUGCUUUCCCACCUGCCCUGGUGUGUGUGUGUGUGUGUGUGUGUGUGUGUGUGUGAGAGAGAGAGAGAGAGAGAGAGAGAGAGAGUGUUUGUGUGUGUGUGUGUGUGUGUGUGAGAGAGAGAGAGAAUGAAUCAAGAUUGUAUAGACUUUGUGCAGUUGGGUCAAUGAAGGCUUAGUGAGGUGGACAUGCAACGGGACUCUGGAGGACUUUUCCCACACCAUGACAAAUUAUGGUUUAAGAGUCAACACUGCCAGAAUAAGAGUCUUAUACCGCCAGAAUAAGAGUCUUAUACAGUUUGCAAGGAUGGACGAAUCCUGCUGUUGAGUACCUGUCAUGCGAGGCCAACAUUUCAUUCUUUUAUGUAGCUGUGUCACUUAAGAAAAACAAAGAAAAAAAUAAAAUGGAAUAUUGAAGACUA